AAUGUCUGACGCAGUCAAGCAAUCACCAAAGAAGGUAAAGAGGGCCGCAAAGCCCAAAAAGGCAGCAGUGCACCCAACGUAUAACGCUAUGAUUAAAGCAGCUAUCGUUGCACUGAAGGAACGCGGAGGUUCAUCGCGCCAAGCUAUUCUUAAAUACAUAGUUGGGAAAUAUAACGUCGGCAAAGAGAUCACACGGGUCAAUGCCCAACUGAAACUUGCGUUAAAACGAGGAGUCAGCAACAAGAGCCUGAAACAAGCAAAGGGCACAGGAGCUUCCGGCUCAUUCAGAAUUGGCGAGGAGAAGAAAGUGAAAAAGCCAAAGGCAAAGAAACCAAAGAAGGCAAAGAAACCCAAGAAGGCGAAGAAGGUAAAGAAGCCCAAGGCCGCUAAAAAACCAAAGGCCAAGAAAGUUGCCAAGAAGCCAGCUAAGAAACCUGCUGCAAAGAAACCUGCAGCUAAGAACGCCGCCAAAAAACCUGCUGCCAAAAGGUCUAAGCCAAAACAGGCUGCCAAAAAACCAGCUGCCACGAAAGCAUAAAAACUGAAUGAUCUCAAUGACUGUAUCUUGUGUUACUCAUUCUCUUCUAGCAGACGACAAUUGCGAUGCUUGUGCCAUCUAAUCAUCAAAAUAGACAACACAACCAACCCAAACUUCACUUCUUGGACUGGAGUUGCAUGAAUGUGUUUAUAACUGUGUUGUGUGAGAAUCAUAUUUCCGAUAUUUCAAUCAGUGUUGCAUUGAACAUAUCAAAUUAUAAAUACUGAGGAUUCUAAACAAGAGAAGAAAUGUGCUGAUCCUGUGAUACAAUCAUAUUUUAUAUAUUUAAUAUACUUGUACAUUAUUUAAAUUAUUUAAAAUAUACAAAAAAUAUAAAACCC